AAAUUUUCGGUUAUCCCCGAGUUUUUAUUCUUUACUUUUUCCGUCGUAGAAUUAUUGUUGUCUUAACGGCGAAAUUACCAGGGGAGACUUCAUUCUGACUCGAAAUCGUAGAAAGAUCAUACAGUCACAUCGCCAGUAUGAUCCUCAAUGAAUAUCACGAAACAGACGUGAAAUAUGUAAUCGGACCAAGUCACAUUGUACUUCGCCUGCUAGGUAUCUGGCCGUUGACCGACAGAGAGCCAAAUACGAUCGAGAAGUACGCAAAUAUCUUCCUUGUGAUCAUCUGCUACUUGCUUCUCUAUUGCGAGCUAGUACCGGGUAUUCUUUAUUACGUGUUCCUUGACGGUGAAUGGCGCGAGAAACUAAAAACGAUACCAGUAGUUCUGUACGCGUUCAUGGCAACUGCUAAAUACAGUAAUUUGCUCAUCUACGAGUACGACAUCAGAAGCUGUCUGCGGCACAUCAAGGAAGAUUGGGGAACGGUAGCUGUCGGUGAUGCGCGAGAAGUAAUGCUGAGGAAAGCCAGUAUUGGCAGACGAUUAUUCAUCUUGUGCUGCACAUUCAUGUAUUGCAGUGGAGUGUCUUAUAACACAGUAGUGCCGCUGUCGAGAGGAAGUAUCGUUAUCGAUGAGAACACCACAAUUAGACCCUUUUCCUGUCCAGGUUAUUACGUUUUCUUCGAUCCGCAAAACAAUCCUGCCUACGAACUCGUGUUUCUCCAGCAAUUUCUUUGCGGUAUCCUCAUGUGCACGAUCACUGUUACAAUUUGCGGUCUCGCCGCCGUCUUCGCGAUUCAUGCAUGCGCGCAGAUGGAAAUCCUGAUGCGACUGACGCAGGGCCUUGUCGACGAGAGCGACUAUGGGCAGAGAAACGUCGGUGUAAAACUAGCAGCUGUAAUCGAACACCAAAUAAGAAUACAAAAUUUCUUGCAACUGGUGGAGAAUACUUUACGCUACAGUAGUUUAGUCGAAAUAGUGGGGUGCUGCACGAUCAUAUGUCUUGUAGGAUACGCUAUAAUAGCGGAAUGGGAAGAUAGAAACUUACCGGCUCUCAGUUCGUUCUUAGUAUCUAUCGUAUCUGUUAAUCUUAAUAUUUUUAUUUUAUGCUAUAUAGGAGAGUAUAUAACGACGCAGGCAGAUGAGGUGAGCUUAACUAUUCGCACUCUCGACUGGUAUCGUCUUCCGACAAACCUGGUGCGAAAUAUGAUACUAGUGACAGCCGUUUCGAACACUCCACCACGAAUUACCGCUGGAAAUUUCAUCGAAUUGUCCUUCCGAACGUUCGGUGACGUGAGCACUAAAAAUACGCAUUAAUAAAGGUUAGUGACCGGAAUGUUUUAAGAAUUAAAAAAAUUGUUUCAGGUAAUUAAGACGGCUGUAAUUUAUCUUAAUAUGCUUCGACAAUUUACCGAAUAAAUGAUAGAUAAAAUUGACAAUGACGACAAAUGCCUUUCGAUGAUAAAUAUAUCAA